CGUAUUUUUAACUCGUCGACCUUAGUUAUUUGUCUGUCGGUGAAGUGAACAGUGGCGACUUGCGCUUCUCUGGACAGAUAGCAGUUCAAUCAUAUUGGUUCUUUUGUACUAUGAAAGGUCACCUUUGAGAGUCACAGUGGCCGAGUUGUCGACUUACAGUGUCCUACAGACACCCAGAAUGCCUCGCGAGGACAGUCCUGACGACGGUGUAGGAUACAUAGAGGAGGACCAUCCUCUCCGGCCCUCGCUGGCUGCCCAGAGUGUCGCCCUUUUGCAGGUCCCAGACAAGAGGACGAGGCACGUGUCUAACGCCUCCAGUGUCACCGACCAGGACGUGAACCUCCUGUCGCGGGAGACCAUCUACAGGCCGACCCGUCAGACGGGGUUAAAUGGGCGUUUGGUGUUUGCCGUGGCAGCAGCAGCUCUGGGGUCAUCCUUCCAACACGGUUACGGCACUGGAGUUGUCAAUGCUCCUCAAAAGCUCAUCGAAGAUUUCAUCAGGAACGUCUUGGCAAACCGAACGAGUGAGCCUGUAUCCAACAUCAACCAGUCCACGGUGACACUGAUAUGGGCGUCGGCUGUGUCGAUAUUCUGUGUGGGAGGAAUGAUUGGAGGAUCCAUGGUUGGUUUUGUCGCCAACACCUUCGGACGCAAGGGUGGUCUUCUGCUCAAUAACAUCUUGGUGUUCGCCUCUGCCCUCCUACAAGGAUUUUCAAAAUAUGCCAAUUCUUACGAGAUGAUCAUAGCUGGUAGAUUUCUGAUUGGAAUCAACUCUGGCCUCAACGCAGGACUGGCUCCGAUGUACUUGUCUGAAAUCGCCCCAGUUCAUCUUAGAGGAGCAGUUGGAACUACCUACCAAUUGGUCCUGACCAUCAGCAUCCUAAUCUCCCAGAUCCUUGGCCUCAGCUCCAUGCUGGGCACGGAGGACCUUUGGCCGUAUCUCCUGGCUGUCAUUGUGCUGCCGGCCAUCUUCAUGGUGGCCACUCUGCCCGUCUGCCCUGAGUCUCCCAAAUACAUCCUCACGGGCAAGGGUCAAGAGUUGGAGGCCCAGAGAGCACUGGCUUGGCUGAGAGGAACCAUCGAGGUACAAGAUGAGAUGGACGAGAUGAGAGCCGAGAAUGAACAGAUGAAGCUGGUUCCGAAGGUGACAAUGCGGGAGAUGAUAGUGAACCCUACGCUGCGCAUUCCUCUCACCAUCGCCAUGGUGAUCAUGAUAGCUCAGCAGUUCUCGGGCAUCAACGCUGCAAUGUUCUUCUCGACAAGCAUAUUCAAGGAGGCCAAGCUCAGUGACACUAAUGCUCAGUUGGCGACACUGUUGAUGGGAACAGUCAAUGUUCUGAUGACAUUGGUAUCACUAGUCCUAGUGGAGAAGGCUGGACGCAAAACUCUACUGCUCAUCGGUUUUGGAGGAAUGUUCAUUGACACUAUUUUGCUCACAAUUGGGCUUGUCACAGUGGACCAAUACACUUGGGUGUCCUAUUUCUGCAUUCUCUUCGUCCUGAUCUUUGUGAUCAUGUUUGCCGUUGGACCUGGUUCAAUCCCUUGGUUCCUCGUCACGGAGUUGUUUAACCAAUCCGCUCGUCCGACCGCCGCAAGUAUCGCUGUCACUACCAACUGGACGGCCAACUUCUUUGUUGGUCUCGGAUUCCUACCUUUACAGGUAUUGAUGGGUGGUUAUGUAUUUCUCAUCUUCGUAGUUCUGCAAGGUCUUUUCACAUUCUUUGUUUGGAAGAAGGUUCCAGAAACCAAGAACAAGACGAUAGAAGAAAUAUCUUCUAUGUUCAGACAGAUAUCUUAUCAGUAAAAGAGUAACUACAAGAAGUGGAAUCUCAAAGAACUUAAGUUUUGAGCAGUGCGAUGGUGUAAAUAUUUUAUUUAAAUGCAGGUUCAGAUUAACUAAUGUAGUUUUCUUUGAAAUACAAAAAGUUAAUAAACAUUCCUAGAAAUUAAGUUUGUAUGUAGUGUUUUAUAAGUUAUUUAUAGCCAUUUCGAGGCAAUGUUUCAGAUCAGAAUGUAGGGUGUCAUUUUACCAACAUUGUUACCAGAUUUUGGUUCAGUUUGUAAUUAGUGGCAAUUUAAAUAGAUAUUUGUAAGUAAUAAAAUUAUAAUAAAUUUGUAUCAUGAAAGUAUAGAAUAUUACCUACGGGCUUGAAUUGAGAUUAAGAUAAUGAAUAAUUAAAAAUUUGCAAAAUGUAAGAAACUGUUUAAAAGGAUAAUUUGAAAGUAGGGUUUGUUUUUUUAAUUAAUUAAAAAUGAAUACACUGAUUCUUUAUACUUAUCUCAGGUAUACUAUACAACUUAAUAUGUAUAGUUUUAAACUCGUAUGAAAUUAUUUAGGCUCUAUUCUUAGAAUAUGAGUUAGAACUCAGACAAUAGUACCUAUUAAUGUCUUUGGUAUUUAUUUUCAGUUCAAUAAGCCUCAAUUUGUUCAUGCAUCACAUUAGGUAGUUUUCAGGAAAAUGUUUUUGUUUUUGAAAUGUAAAAUUUUGCCUUUCUUACACUUAAUAUUUUUAACAACUUGAUGAAUACCAACACAAUUUGCUGUCUAGACAUAUCCAUUUAGUGUUAUAAACCCCGAUUUCCUAUGCAUAUUUGUUGUGUACAAUGAACUUUAUACUCAUUAUAAUGUGUGCAUUUGUCUAUAGACUAAACUUGUAUUAUUUAAUAGUUACCAUUGCCUUUUUGUGUUUACUUUACCAUUCAUGAAUCACAAUCCAUACUAUGUUUAUAUAAGUCCAAUAUUUCAUCAUUUGAUAUUUUAUUGUACAUUUACCUAUUUUGGUUUUUAUCACAACUAUCAAAAUGAUGUUAAGACUAACAAUUUUCAACUAAUUUUCUCCUUGAUUAAUUUGUGAAUAAAUGGCUAGCCUUAAAUGUUAGAUUUGUCUACUGAAUAUUAAUUAAUGUUACAAUUUUAAUAUAAUAAAUGUUAAACAAAUGAUAUUAAGCUUAGGAAGAUUGUAUGUACCCAAACACAUAGUUAUUGGAAGGUGAUUUUAUUAGAAGCAAAUGAAACUCAUUGAUUGACAAUAAAAUACUCAAAUAUUAAAAACAAACCUACACACUUAUAUUAAACUCGUAAAAUUGUACCCUAUAAUUUUUUUUUACCUUAAUGAUUGAUUGUCCAACGUAAAGGGUGUUUUCAAUAUUAUUAUUUAAGUUUACAAUUAUUUUUGUUUAAGUUUUAAGAAAUAAAAAGUAUUGGUCUAAAAACAAAAACGUUUGCUAAAUUUAAUAACUGAACUGCGCUAGAGCAUAGACUGUCAAAUGUAAUUAAAGGUUAUUGUUUUAGAAAAUGUUAAUGCUACUCAAAUAUUUAUUCUUAUAGUUCCAAUGUACAAUAUAGAUUUUUGUGGUUUGAAGAUAUUUUUGUAUAGAGGUUUGUCAUGAAAUAUUUUGUAGUAAUGAUGUUUAAUCUGCUGUUUAGGUAGAAAUAAAGGCUGACUUUCAAAUGUUUAAGUAUAAUCUAAGCUGUACAGAAGUUUACAAGAAAAUGGACUGGUUGUAAUCAUUGUUCGAAAACCAAUCAUAUUGUUUUUAGUAACAAAUGCAAGAUAAGAUUCAUGUUAAGUUAUAGUAUUACAACUGUUUUAUCAAUUGAGCCUUUCCAUUUUCAUGUUUACUCCCGUAUACGAGUUUGAUGCUGUAGAUGUUUUAAAUUAGUUUGUAUACAUUAGAUUAGUAUUUUAUUGCAUUAAUGCUAGUUUUUGAUCAUUUGUUUAUGAUGAAACAUGUGAAUCAGUACACGGUAUUGUCAUAUUCAAGAAAUUGUAUUGUAUGAUAGGUGUUCAUGACAUUUAUUUUACUAUUUAUUUUGAUAUGUUAAGAAACAAUAAAUGUACAGAGUGUGAUUUUUUAA